CACACCUCAAUUCAAGCAUUCCAAAACCACAAUGGCAGCGGAAGUCAGCAACACCAACUUUACUUUGGAGAGCCUCUUCAAUGUCAAGGACAAGGUGGCUCUCAUCACCGGCGGCGGCAGCGGCAUCGGCCUGAUGGCCACGCAGGCGCUGGCCACCAACGGCAGCAAAGUGUACAUCACGGGGCGGACGUCGGAGAAGCUGGAGCGGGUGGCGGAGCUGUACGGCGGCAAGGCCGUGAAGGGGGAGAUCAUCCCGCUGACGGCGGACGUGACGGACAAGGCCAGCAUCCAGAAGCUGGUGCAGGAGAUCUCGUCGCGGGAGUCCGGCCGGCUGGACAUCCUGAUCAACAACGCGGGGAUUAGCAGCAGCACGCAGAACACGGAGCACGACAACGCGGUGGACCUGAGCAAGGCGCUGUUUGACGAGAGCUCCUCGCCCGAGGAGUGGGAGAGCGUCUACCGCACCAACGUCGUGCACCCCUACCUGGUCACCUCGGCCUUCCUGCCCCUCCUGCAGAAGAGCAGCGAGCAGGCCCACGGCUGGAGCAGCACCGUCAUCAACAUCACCAGUAUCUCUGGCAUCGUCAAGACCAGCCAGCAUCACUUCGCCUACAAUGCUUCCAAAGGUGCGGCCAUCCAUCUCACCAAGAUGCUGGCCCAUGAGAUCUCGAGCUCCGGGCUGCGCAUCCGGGUUAAUAACAUCGCCCCCGGCGUGUUCCCCAGUGAGAUGACCGCCGGGGAGAGUGACGAGAAGCAGAAGAGUGCCCUGGAGAAGCAGAAGUAUGAGGGUAAGGUCCCCGCGGGACGCCCCGGGAAGGAUGAGGAUAUGGCCAGUGCCGUGUUGUUUGCCGCCACCAACCAGUAUCUGAAUGGUCAGACGUUGGUUGUUGAUGGAGGCUAUGUUUUGGCUGCGGGUACUGUCUGA